GGCGGUUCCAAUUGCAACCAGGCCCUGAACUCCACCGUGGUCGGCGAGACGCGCAAGUGGCGCGAGUGUGGCUCCUGCGACCGCAUGACGGAGUGGAACUACGAUGGCGAUGCCGACGGGGUUAUGGAGUUGUACGAGGGCUGCAACGCCGGGCCGUUUGGGACCAGAACGCGCAAGUGGCGCGAGUGCGGCUCCUGCAACUGCAUGACGGAGUGGUGCUACGUUGGUGAUGCCGACGGGGUUAUGGAAUCGUACGAAGGUUGCAGCGCCACGGCAGACUGGGACCAGAGCUGGUGCUACGUGCAGGGCGGUUCCAAUUGCAACCAGUAUCUGCGCUCCACAGUGGUCGGCGAGACGCGUAAUUGGUGCGAGUGCGGCUCCGGCAAUGGCAUGACGGAGUGGAACUACGAUGGCGACGCCGACUGGGUUAUGGAGUCGUACGUAGGCUGCAACGCCACGGCCGACCGGGACCAGAGCUGGCGCUACGUGCAGGGCGGUUCCACUUGCAAACAGUACCUGAACACCACCGUG